AUUCAGGGGCUUGACCGGUCAUACAUUUAAAAGCCAUUGUAGCGUUCCGGUAAUAAAGCUGACUGGGAACUGAAAGCCAAUUUAGCUCAAUUUCAUCUCUGGCAAUGAUGUAAUUUCUCUCGAAUCAAGGCCCUUGAAUUUUCGUGUAAUUAUACACGCAUUUUUAUUCAAUCAAUUUUCUUAUAAUUUAUUUCUUACAUUUGUAAAGCCCGCUGAGAUUAUGUAGCUGUGCUCUAUAAGAAUUUUACCAUUAUUACUAUUUUUAGUAUUAAUGUUAUUGUCUCUUCUGUCACAGUCUUCGCUGGUGUUCUUUUUGUACAUCAGCCAGGCGCAAACCAUGCACUUGGAGCAUCAGUCACUCAAGUCAAUCAUGUCAAUCAUUCUGUUCAUACACUUAGCACCUUUAUUAUUAUCAUUAUUAUUAUAAUUAAUAUAGACGCAGACGUAUCUCCGGCUGUCACUAGCACACGUACUCAAUCAAUUCUGAAACAAAAUUAAUCAUCGAAUACGAUUAAAAAGGAAAUAUCCUGAAGAAUACUCGACUGUCAAUAAAGUGGCGAGUAAAAACCCUUAGUGAGUAAAUCCAGUUUCGUCUAGAAUUAAUCGCCUCCUCAUUUCUUAUCUAAUCUCCAAGCAAGCAAGACUUAACGCCGAUAUUAAGAGCAUUCUUGAUAUUAAUAUAAGUUGACCGUCAUAUUAAAUCCGAGAAGUGUGAUGCCCUCUGUGCUUUGAAUGUCAUGACCAUUGAUUGUGUUACUUAUUACAUUUUGUGGUUCAAUCAUUACUUUAUCAGGAAGGUUGACUGGAACAGUAGCUUGCAAACGCAAAUGGAUUAAGUGGAUAUUACUAAAACAGCAGGGUCUGGAAGCCGCCAUAAUAAGAUUCUGUACAUCAGGUUAAAGCCUUGGUAGCUUCACCCUCCAGCCUAUUGAUCAACACACUAAGGCCAGGCUUACAUAAAGAGGGAAUUAUCGGAAACUUUUUUUUAGUUGAAUUUGGGAGAUACAUUUGGAGGGGGUUAUUAUUUUAGUAAUCUGAGGGUACAUGUACAUGUACACCUACAUGUACUUCGAGGGUCUACCUCGGUGUAAGAACCUGUGAACUUUUUCUUUGUUUUCCUAUUGUGUUCACUUCUUUGUCUUCUUUAUUUUCACCCUUGAGCCUUACAGGUUCUUACACCGAGGAUGAGCCUCCUUCGAAGAUUAACAAUGUUAAAAGCGUUCCUGUGUGGUUUUAAAAGGAAUGUUACUAAAACGGGGAACAGGGAGCGGAAAAGAGCACAGGGAAGAGAAAAAUGAAACAUGGGAACAAAACAAAGAAUUGAAAAUGAAGUCACUGAUAGGGCUAGGUUUUAGCUAAGGUUUUGUUCCCAGUUGUCAUUUUCCCGUUCCCUGUGCUCGUUGCUCGUAGCGCCCUCCCUGUUUCCUGUUUUAGUAACUUCCUCAAGGAGAUGCAGGGAAGGGUUGAAAAAAUUGCAAAAGUUUCAUCAAAUCAUAAUCUUGGGUUGUUUGGAAAAAAACAUAAGUAUUUUUAAUGUGGAUAAAAUCAGUUAUUAGUGCAAAAUAUUGAUGGUACAGUCUAUACAUGUGGUAUGGAAUGUUUUAAAUUUAGAUUCAACCUUGCAACUGAGAGCUUCAGUCAGACACUGGCCCAUCCUCCAGACACUUACAAAAAACACAAAGAAACAUAUCAGUUUAAAAGACAUGGAAGAAUGAUUGAGGUUAGUACACAAGGCUUAGUAAAAGCUACCUGUAGUUUAGUCAUAUUCUGGUUCCACUUUUAGUCUCCUUCACAGCUGCUCAAGCUGAAGUCAUGCAACACUCCCCGCCCCCACGCACUGAAAUUGGUUCAAACAUACUUUGGUUCAAAUGAUCUUAUUCCUCUGUAGAAUUUUAAUAUGCGUAAAAGUUGUCUAUGACCAUUAAAACUGAUGAUGUCACAGGUGAUUACAGGUAGCUGAACUGCAAAUGUGUUGCUGUUUUUUUUUUGUUCUUGUUGUUGCAGAUUGGUGAGGUUCCUGUUGAGAAGUCAGACAUCUUUGUUCAAUACUUGCGCGACAAUAUUCCAGUAGGCGUGACAGUUCAACUAGAACUGGUAGGGAAUGGAUUUAUACUUUCCUUUCACUGAACACUCCAUCUCAGUGCUUCAUUAAAUGUUUCUAAGCCUUAGAGUUAUUAAUUAAAUGGUCAUGCAUGAUAGGGGCUUUUUUAGUACAUUGGUUCUGAUCUCAGUCAUACAGCUGUAAUGCUUUUCAUCCACAGAAAAAAUGGCAAGAUUACGUGUCUCCCCCAGAUCCACGUUACUUGGAAGAAAAAAGACUUCAAUAUGAGAGGAUGAAAGAAAGAAAACGAAAGAAACAAGAAACGUAAAAAUCAUUUUAACACCUUUAACUAAGAUGCGGAAUAACUUAU